CACUCUCUCUCUCUCUCUCUCUCUCUCUCUUACACACACACACACACACACACACUACUUGUUGUAACAUCUGAUCUAAAGCAGCUUGACAACCUGAUCAUCCAUCUUUAGUGUAAGACUUUGAGCUGUGGUCAGUGGGAGGAGCCAACACUUCUGACAAACAUACUGUCACAUAAAGUUCCUCCACACUGACUGAUACACUGACACCUGCAGCAGCUUUAUGAACCUUCACUGAUUCCGGAGUUUAUCACUGAGGAGUCGCCCUCUGCUGGACAGGAGGAAGAAUGCUGUCUGCGUACUAAAGACAAGCCUUUAGCAUGACGUCACAUGAACCACUGUGAGCCUCCUCUGCUCCAUCUCGUUAAUAAAGAUCUGACUUCAUGUUAGAGGAUGUGGGUCAGAGAUAAACUUGUGUGCGCAUGCUCAGACUGCCGCGUUUAAUGCACCUGAAGGAACAAGAAAAAGUCCGUUUUAAUAUUUGCACAGGAUCACUGAGGUGUAGAAUCAUCUCUGCUGAGUCUGCGCGCCCUGCCGGCCUGUGAUUGGCUGCAGAUGACAUCAUCCCGUGCUGAUCUAUUGUUGGACUGAGGAUGAGCUCAUAGUUUAGAGGAGCCGAGCUCAGAGCACAAAGAGGCAGAGACACCAGGAGCUGCUGCAGACAGAAAACUACCUACUGCGACUCUGACAACAUGCUGUGGACUCGGGACAGAGACUCGGAGAAACCUCCACUCUCCAACAUCCUGCCCAGACUCUACCUGGGAGCAGAGAGCGACGUGACGCAGGACGGCCUGUCGUCUCUGGGGAUCUCGUACGUCCUCUCUGUGAGUCGUUGUAGUCCUCAGCCGUCCUUCCUGCCUCACUCUCGUUACCUUCGGAUCCCUAUCGACGACUCUCUGUGGGACGACCUGCUGCCCUGGAUCCCAGAGGCGCUCAGCUUCAUCGACGGGGCCAUGUCCUCGGGGGCCUCGGUCCUGGUCCACUGUGCAGCAGGGAUCUCUCGGUCUCCGGCCCUCGCUGUGGCCUACAUCAUGUACAGUCUGGGACUGGACCUGGACCAGGCCUACAGGUUUGUGAAGGAGCGUCGUCCCUCCAUCUCUCCAAACUUUAACUUCCUGGGUCAGCUGCAGCUUUUCCAGAGCACGCUGAGCCUCAACACGCCUGCAGGGGGCGGCAUCACCCAUCAUCCUGACUGUAACCCCGCCCACAGCGAGCAACAGUCUGACUGUAACCCCGCCCACAAUGAGCAACAUUCUGACUGUAACCCCGCCCACAACGAGCAGAGGGCGGAGCAUCAGGAAGCCUCAGAUCUGACAGAUCAGAGCGGACACAGACUCCGAUUUGAGGAAAGGGGGAUCCAACAUCUUCAUGAGACUCUAAACCUGCAGCAGAGGGAACGUCAUGUCCCACCCCCCUUCACACUACAACUCCCAGCAUCCUCUGCUUCACUACAGGACAAACGUAAGAGCCUCACCCUCUCUCUGACACCGCUGGGAGUCAGCCCUGUCCCCCCUGCAGGGGGGGCAACCACACCUUACAGAGACAGUAAACAGGACGUCCACAGGGAGCACAGCGCCCCCCACAGGCAGCACAGCGCCCCCCAAAGGCAGCAGAAGGAGCACAGCGCCCCCCACAGGCAGCAGAAGGAACAGGGUCUGCUGUCCCCGUUCAGCUUCAGCCUCAACAAGCUGCUGGACUGGGGGGAGAGGCUGCUACUGGGGGGUCUGUUUGUCCCCCCUGUGAAGAUGGGACAGCCCGCCCUGCCGUACAGGUGCUGAGGGCGGGGCUUAUGUGUGAGCAUGUUUGUUAAAGAUAAUGAUGUUUGUACAGACAGAGAGCUGAUUUAUUUAUUGAUGAUUUAUUUAUUACAGAGACGAUUCUAUAAAAAGUUUACAUGAAAACAAACAUCAGCUGAUCUUGUGACCUUGUGAUCAUGUGACCUUGUGAUCGGCGCUUUAAGACUUUGAUUUCAUGUAUUUAUGAUCAUUAAACUGUCGGAUUGACUCAA